ACUAUAUGAAGGACUUCAAAAUAUGUCACGGUGCUGUUCAUUGUUCCUGAAGAGGUCCCUCAUUUGCACAUGAACGCGAGCAGACAAUGAAGCGGUUUGCUACUUCGCAGUCGUGCUGAAGGCCCAAAUAUCAGGAUGAUGUCCAGCAGACUGCUGACACUGAGGCCACAGAUCUGCUCUGCCCGCUUUGCAGUGCUCACAAGACGCCAUGAAAACAUCACAGCGGCCUUCUGUCGGCCCGGAUCCUGCUUCAACACAUCUGAUGAGCACAAAUGUAGAUCUCGGACUCCUUUAGUGGCGGGUCACUGUUAUGGAAGACGCUUUUUCAGCCUCACGCCUGCUGGGAUUGUAAACGCAGCCCCGGCGUCUGUUCAGCCAUACCUCAGAUUAAUGAGACUGGACAAACCCAUAGGAACGUGGCUGCUGUAUCUGCCAUGUACGUGGAGUAUCGGCUUGGCUGCAGACCCGGGAUGUCUUCCCGAUCUGCGCAUGCUUACACUGUUCGGUGUCGGAGCUUUGCUGAUGAGAGGAGCUGGAUGCACUAUCAAUGACAUGUGGGAUAAAGAUUUUGACAAGAAGGUGUCACGGACUGCCACUCGGCCCAUUGCGUCAGGGGACAUCACGCGGUUUCAAGCUCUGGUUUUCCUCGGAGGACAGCUCAGUUUAGCGCUGGGGGUCCUACUCAGCCUUAACUACUACAGCAUCGCUCUCGGAGCCGCCUCUUUGUCGCUGGUGGUCACGUAUCCUCUGAUGAAGAGAAUCACAUACUGGCCUCAGUUUAUUUUAGGUCUGACGUUUAACUGGGGAGCUCUUCUGGGUUGGUCUGCAGUGAAGGGAUCAUGUGACUGGUCUGUGUGUUUGCCUCUCUAUGUGUCUGGGGUCAUGUGGACGCUAAUUUAUGACACAAUAUAUGCCCAUCAGGACAAAGACGAUGAUCUGAAAGUGGGAGUGAAGUCAACGGCCCUGCGGUUUCAGGAGAACACUAAACUCUGGCUGAGCGGCUUCACCGGGGCCAUGCUGUCUGGACUGCUUCUGGCUGGAGUUAAUGCUGACCAGACUGCACCUUAUUAUUGUGCAGUGUCUGCGGUGGCUCUUCAUUUAGCACAUCAGAUCUACUCUGUGGACAUCAACAGACCCGAGGACUGCUGGAAAAAAUUUGCCUCAAACCGAAACCUCGGACUGCUUUUGUUCUUAGGAAUAGUGGCUGGAAAUUUAUGGAAGAAGAGAAGCGACGAGCAGUACGAAACGCAGCUCAACUCCAUUUCACAUUAGAACGACUGUAUUGUGUAAAAAAAUAACAUGCAUCAGAUUCAGGAGUCAAAUGAUGUAAGCAGGAGUUCUUUAAAAUAUUUAUUAAAUGGCUACAAACAG